AUGAAUGUGAAACCAGGAGAAGAUGUACCUGAUUCACUGUUUGAUCAAUGCAUUAAAUACGUAGGACGUAAUUUAAACGUUUUGGCCGAUACUGACCCCGUCUCGGGCUGCCUUCGUUUAAAAAUAGGGUUAACUCUACCAAAUGAAAUAUGUGAUAAGCUGUUGGAAGUGUACCAAAAAGUUGGAGGCGUUGUUGAUGACAAAUUUGUUACUUUAUUUGAAAAUCCUGGAGCAGCCAGAUUGAAGAGAAUUAAAUUAAAAAAUUCUGCAAUUAGUGAUGAUGGCCUAAAGAUAUUAGUUAAUUGUUUACCUGUCGAAUUGGAUAUUUCAAAUUGCAGGGAAUUGACUGAGAAAUCAUUGACUCACAUAAACGAGAGAGGGAUUAAUUUAGUAUCUCUUUCAUUUGGUUUGUUUCCAAAAGUUUUACCUAGAAAUUUAAGAAGCAAAAUAAUAAAAAAUGAUGAAAAAAAUUUUAAUUCUAAUAAUAAUUAUAUUUUAAAAACACCCAACCUGAAAAAGCUAACCAUUCGAAAUUUAAUUGUAGAAAUAAAUUAUUUUGAUCACUUACUAAAACCAUUAGAGAAAUUAACAUAUUUAGAUUUAUCAGGAUGUUACACUCCUGGUGGUCUUACAUUUUUAGUCCUUUUACAAAAUUUAACCUCUCUCAUCUUGUACAAUGUUCAAGAUUUAAAUUCAAGUAUUUCUUGCAUUGAAAAAUUGAAAAAUUUAAAACACUUGGAUAUUUCUAUGCCUCCUCCAACUUGUGGAACUUUUAGAGAUCCAUCUUCUACUCUAGCUUCAUUAGUUCAAAAUCUGCCAAAUUUAAUAUCAUUAGAUAUAUCCGGAACAAACUUAACAGAAAGGGAUUACUCAAACGAAACUAAUGUUAAUAAUGAUGACUGUGAAAUAUGUGGAAUAUCAGGAUUGAGUUCCAGAAUGAAACGACCCUUUGAGUUUUUAGGAUUGUAUAAAACACACCCGGAUUCAUGCAGGAGACCCAAUAUUCCUGCAAAAAGAAUAUCGGGAAAUGCGAAUGAAGAGCAAAUUUUAAUUGCCAUGCAAGCCAAUCUUGACAGAACUGAAGUUUUAGCGAAUGUUUUAAAUAAUUUAUAUGAUUUAUACAGGAAUGAGCAAAGUGAAAAUGUCAAUGAAGCUUUGGUUUUUCUAAUAGAAGCUAUGGAUAGGCACAUACAUGAAAAACAUAUUCAAAUUUCUGGAAGUGCUAUUUUAUUCUACAUGGCAAAUGUUAUUGCGAAUAAAGCAUACUUUUCGCUGAAAAUGAAACGUAGUUUAAUUAGUACUGUCAUAAAUGCUAUGGGUGCUUUUCAAGAUGAUGAAACUGUUAUAAGAAAUGCUUGCCUCACUCUUUUACAAUUUUGUUUACCUGAUGAUUUAAUUUUCGAGUAUGAACGUUUGGUCCUACUUCUUCUGUACAUAAUUUCUGAAGUUGAUGACACAUACGUUUUGAGAAUUAGUUUAUCUUUGUUGAAUUCUUUAGCAUGUCAAGUUGAUGAAUCUCAAAAACAAUUGCUUGGUAAUUUGGGAAUGGUCGAUCAAAUAUUAACAUUGAUAACGGAUCGAUUACAAAGUCAAAUAUGUGAUGACAUUUUGGAAGUUGCCUGGUCAACUUUAUGGAACAUAACAGAUGAAACAAUUGAAAAUUGUCGAAGAUUUCUCGCAGAAAAUGGAAUGGAAUUAUUUUUGGCUUGUCUUUCGAUGUUUCCCAGUAAAGAAGAACUUUUACGAAAUAUGAUGGGACUCUUGGGUAACGUGGCAGAAGUUAAAUUCCUUCGUCCUGUCUUGAUGUCGGAGCGUUUCGUGUCCGUUUUCACGGAAUUACUCGGAUCGGGUUGCGAUGGGAUCGAGGUUAGUUACAAUGCAGCGGGAGUGUUGGCUCACAUGUGUUCUGACGGCGUUGAUUUUUGGACGGUGAAAGAACCUAAAAGAGAAGUAGUUUUAAGAAAAAUUGUUUGGGCUAUAAGAAGAUGGGAUUUGAAUACGGAAAGAAAUAUAAAUUAUAGGUCUUUUCAACCCAUUUUCGGAUUACUCAAAGUAACUCACACCGAAGAAUGUCAAUAUUGGGCAGUGUGGGCUCUCGCUAAUUUGACUACGGUCUAUCGAGAAAAAUAUUGUCCAUUGGUAACGAACGGUGAAGGAAUGGAAUUGCUCGAGGAAUUGGCCAAAGCAAAACAUUCACAUCGAGCGAUAAACAAAUUGGCAAAUAUAGUAAUAAAAAAUUGCAAGGAAACGUAA